CGACUUUCACUCAUUCCCUUUUCAUUGAUAUAUCAAAUCCAUCAGGCCAAACAAAAUAAAAUAACUGAAAUGGAUUUGCAGCAAACCGAACCAAAGGCGGACUUUAAUAUGCAGAUUAAACAAGAAGUGUCAGAUGAUGACUAUAAUUUGAACGCUUUUCACUCCGGUGCAAUUCCCAGUGUAGAAUCAGAAUGUUCCGUCCCUCAUGUACUGAGCACAUCUACGGUCACACCAUUCGAUUCAAAUUACGUUAAACAAGAACCAGAACUUGAUUUGGAACCGGAUGAAUUACCCCUGUCAGAGACUAGCAAUGAAACGACGGAACAGUCGGUCAAAAGCCGAAUUCAAAGGACGACUCUUGAACCCAACAAGUGCUACAUCUGUGAUCGGAGUUGCGAUGAUGAAGAAACACUGGAGAUCUUCUAGCACACACCGAAAUGAUUCCGUACACCUGUGAAGAAUGCACGGAAUCAAGUGGGAAGCCCGUGAAACUUACAUGCCUGGGUACAUUACAUCGGCACUUUCAAAUGCACGCCAAGGCUUUCAAAUGUUCGCAAUGCCCUGCGCGUAGAAGCACUCUGAAGGGCAUUAAACAACACAUGCGGAGGUCUCACGGCAAGAGCUCUCAGGCUGAAUACCAUUGCGAUAUCUGUGGGAAAAAGUCGAAGAACAAGGAGAGUUUACUAACACACAAAAUGGCCCACAAAGCUCUUGAGGAUGGACGAUUCACCUGCUCUUAUUGUAGCAAAAAGUGUAUCUCCAAAAAAUUGCUGAUUGAACACGAACGGAUUCAUACCAACGAGCGGCCUUACCAGUGCAAAUUUUGUCCCAAAACCUUCAAAACGAAGCAGCAGAGCUUGAAUCACGAGAAGCUUCACACCGGAGAGAAGGGAUUCCACUGUGAUACGUGCGGCGAGAGGUUCCGCUAUAAACGGACGCUAGUUAGGCACAUGACAAGAAUCCAUCGGGAACCACAGGAAGAAUGCACGGUUCCUGGUAACAAAGAAACGCAUAUUCAGAAGGGAGAUCAAGAACCAAAAGGAUCUGAUUCGGUUAUAGUACCUGAUAAUAUUAAGCAAGAACCGGAGACGAUGUCCGACACCAAUGAGCAGACAUUAAUUAGUGAAGCAACGGAAGACGACUUCAAUAUCCAAUCUCAGUUACCUGACGAACAUAAAUGCUAUAUUUGUCAGCAACAAGUUGAAGAUUCUGAAAGCCGCGAACUUCAUCUCACAGUUCACGAAGAUAUGCUGCCUUACGACUGUGACCAUUGCAGGCAAGAGGAGGUCCAACCAUCGACGAUCACUUCAUUGACUCUUCUUCAUCGUCACUUCCAAUUGCACGCCAUUUAUUUAAAGUGCCCCAAAUGCCCGUUCUGGACCACUACUGAGGAACUCGUAGCAGCGCACAUGACAGAAAAACAUACGCAAAACGAUGAAAUUGGGACCCCUUGUGAGACGUGUGGGAAAAAGGUUAAGAAAAGGAAUUUAAAGAGGCACAUGCUUCACCACAAAACUAAGGAGGACGGACUUUUCUCGUGUUCAUUUUGUGGCAUCAGUUUUAGCACUAAACCUGGCCUUGUAACUCACGAACGACGUCACACUAACGAGCAACCGUUUCAGUGUAAAUAUUGCCCGAAAAAGUUCCGAGCAACGAGCGCCUUGACGUGUCACGAGCGAAUUCAUACCGGAGACAAACCGUACUCCUGUGAAAUUUGCGGCAAAAGCUUCGGAUGGAAAGGCUCCCUUAGUGCUCACCAGGAAGCUGCCCACGGGCCACUUCUGGAGCAGACGGGAUCGUUGAAGGUCUACAAGUGCGAACUGCCGGAUUGUGGGUUCAGCGCCAACAAGAAGGCACAGCUUGCCCUUCACAGGGCAAAGCAUUUGAUGAAGUUCCAGUGUUCUUUUUGUCCGAAACGUUUCACCAAUGGGAACGAGCAGAAGAAUCACGAACUGACGCACACGGGAAUCAAGAACUUCCAUUGCGAGCUGUGUCAGAAGGGUUUCCGUACCAAGUCCUCUCUGGCCAACCACAUAGCAUUGCACAAUGGCAAUCGACCGUUUGUGUGCAAAUCGUGCGGAAAAGCUUACGUCCAGAAGAUACAACUAAAAGUACACCUUUCCAAACACAUUGAGUGCCAGAAUGCUGAACAAAUGGAAUUUAGUUAACAAAUCCUCUGCUCUGAAAUCAAAGGAGAAAUGGGAAUCUACUGUAAUUUUGCAUAUAGGGAACGUGAUAAUGAUAAACUCUAAAUCUUUUUGAAUA